CAUGGGUGUUGUGAUUCCUAGGAACACUACUAUUCCUAUAAAGAAGGAAACAGUUAUUUAUACAGUCGAAGAUGACCAAUAUUCAGUCAGGCUUCCGGUUUGUGAGGGCGAGAGAGUAAAAGCAAGUGAUAAUAAUUUGUUGGGUUCUUUUAGUAUUUCUGGCUUACCCCCAGCUCCUCGUGGCUAUCCUUUUGACGUGACUUUUACAAUAAAUGAAAAUGGCAUUCUUUCUGUUUCUGCGGAGGAUAAAGUAACCGGUAAUAGGAAUGAAAUUAUAAUAUCCAAUGACAAAGGAAGACUAUCAAAUGCAGAAAUUAGUAAAAUGAUUAAGGAAGCAGAGGAUUAUAAGUCUGAAGAUGAGAAGUUUCUUAAGAAGGCCAAAGCAAUGAAUGAUUUAGAUUUUCAUGUUUAUAAGAUCAGAAAGGCUUUAAAGAAAGAAGAAAUCAGCUCAAAGUUGAGCUCGAAAGAAAAGCAAGAUAUCAUGUCUAAAAUUUCUAGAGCCACUGAUAUGCUUGAUAGUCAGAACGAGAUGGAAGAUAUAGUUGCUAUUGAAGACUUUCUGAAAGAUCUUAAAGUAAUCAGUGAACGAAUUAUUAUGGUCAUGGAGAAGAUUGUGUAG